CUACCUGGUUGAGCAGCAGCUGAUGAUUACCUAUAAAGAGGAGGUGGAAAGGGAAUGCUGUAGAACAGCGGUGCUGCAUGAAGUUGUAGCCUCUGAGGAGGUUUGGGUGCUGCUUCUCAGUUAACAGCAAUGGCUCCUGGGUUCAUUUUGUGGGUUUCUUGGGCUUUAUUGUUUAGAAGUGACAUUGUUUCAACUAAUGAGGGUUCAUAUCGUCUCUCACAUCCUUCGAGAAACCUUCAUGAUGAUGAUGAUGGAGGAUCUACCCUAUCAUUUGAUGAGGGAAAUAAGGAAGCUGAGGAGAUGCGUAAUCUAAAUUCAGUUGUCUAUGCCAGUUAUAAUAUGCCCACCUUAAAAGAACCACUUACUGUGGUCCCAACUGGACAAAGACUACCGGAGAUGCAGAGCAGCAUUCACUUAGAAAAAAUGGCUAAUGCUGGGUCAAGAAAUUGGGAGCCAAAUUAUUUUAAUCCAAUUACGUUUCCUUUAAACCAUGGCAACCAGGCUGCUGAUCAGACACAGUCCAAGCUACCAAUUGUCCUUCCACAGUCAAAUCCCCUGACUGCUUUUACAAAUGUCAAACCUGUCCCUCCAAGACCAAGUGAAAUGAGCAGUGCUGUCCAAAUGACUAAUCUAAAGCCAAAUCCUCCUUCAUCCUCUUGGUCUGUGGUUUCUUCUAGCUUGCAGUCUAAGCAACCUGUACCCUAUGGUAGUGACAAUACUGUGUCACCUGUUCACUACCAGAAUCCAGAUAAAGGUUCCAGUCAAAGCAGAACGGCUUCGGACAAAAGCCAGAGCCCGCUCUUUGAGGGAGCUUCUAACUACAACACUGGAUCUGGUCAGAUGCAGACAAAGUCUUCAUUUUUCCACUCUCAAUCAAGUCCACCAGAUCUUCUGAGACGAGGUGAAACCAGCCAUGCCGUCAACUUGAAACCUACCACAUCAUCUGACUCUUGGUCUGUGGUUCCUCCAAGCUUGCAGUCUAAGCAACCUGAGACUUCUAUAAGUGACAAAGCUGUGCCACCUGUCAAAUACCUGAAAAUCAGCUCCAGUAAAGGCAAAAUUGGUUCAAGCCCACUAUUUGAGAGAGGUUCUAACUACAACACUGGAUCCAGUCAUCUGGUUUCUCAGACACAGCCCAAGCCUGUUGACUCUGAUUCAAACCAAAACAUUGACUAUACGAGCAGAGAACUUGUUCCUCCAAGCCAACGUGGAACAAGUCACGCAAUCCAAAAAACUAAUUCCCAGCCUAGCCACAUCUCAAUGAUUCCUCCUAGGUACCAAUCCAAGAUGCCUGUGGCCCCUGGUGGUGACCAUGCUGUGCUACCUGUCAAAUACCAGAAGCCCAGUUCCAAUCAAGGUGGAAUUGGUUCAGGUAAUUACAGCACUGACACUGGAUCCAAUCUGUUGGUUGGUUUUACGCAGCGAAAGCAGUCCAUCGUCCUGGCCCAGUCAAACCCGCAAGGCACUCUUACAAGCCAUGGACCCUUCUCUCCAAAUUUGAGUGGAACUGGUUCUGGAAGCCAAAUGGCAGAUUCAAAGCAAGGCUACGCUUCAACUUCUUGGCCCAUGGCUUCUCCAAGCAGUUCGUUUGAAAAACCAUUAAUCUUUGGAAGUAAUCCAGCUGAACCACUGUCCAAGUACCAAAGACUUGACACUGGUUCAAGUCAAACUGGAACGGGUACAGGUGACAGCUCAACACCACUCCUCGAGGGAGCAUCUGACCACACUAACGCUGGCGGCAGAUUCAUUGUUGAUCCUGUACAUCUAUUCCAAGGUCCCUCAAGGACUCGGGACAGUUAUGCAAAAAAGUUGGUCUCUCCAAGCUUUGACCAAAGUCCAUUGAAGCAUUACAAGCCAAACUUUUUGUCACAAUCCCUGCCUGUGGCAACAUCUCUCUCAGAUGUGAGGCUACCUGUGAGUGGUAAAGCAGAAACGCCUGUUUCAGCCAUCAAUUACCAGAAAUCUCAGUAUGAUUACAAUCCAAGCAGAGGUGGUUUAGAUGAAAAUCCAAAUCUCCCAGCAGGACAAGGUUUCUAUAACUCUGGGAACCGUGGAACUUUAUCUGGUCUUGGCCCCAAACCAAUGCCUGUUAAACCCCCUCAAAAAUCUUCAUCCCCGGAAACUGGAAGCUGGCAUGGUCAAGGCAAUUUCCUUCAUGGAUCAUCAAAUACGGACUUGUGGCCACAGAAGAACCCAAUGAAAUUGUUUUCAGACUUGCCAGAAUCUAAAAGUUACAGCCAGAGUAACUUUAUUGCUGCUGGGCCAUCAACUGCUUUUGCCUCUCCAAUGUGGGAAACUACAAUCCAAAGCCCAGAAACCCAAGCAAAGGAAGACUGGAUGUUUCCCACUUCUGGUGUCUUUGACAACUGGAACCUCGCGUUUCCUCAAGUGGGCUACCAGCUGCAAAACUCUCCGGCCAAAAUCCAGAAAGAUGUUGCCUAUCAGCCUGUAAGCGGUGUACCUGUGAAGAAGCGUAUUGUCCACUCAAGAAAUGGCUACAAAAGGGAAAGGAUUGCUUUAUCCAAAGCUGCUUACAAUCCAAAAUAUGACCUUCCACUGGCUCAGGAUACAAUGGCUAACCCCUUCAAAAGACUUCCACAACAAAACCCCCAACCAGUAUUUAAAUUCUAAAGAUCAACCUGUGGAUUUCCCUUUAAAGAAUAAAACUUUUCUGUACAAAA